GUUUGUUGCUUCUUCUUCUUCUUCUUCUUCCACAACAACGAACGACAUGGCUGCAGUGGUGCGGGCGUUGUUGGUGUGGGUGGCUGUUGUGUUUGUGGCGGCCUGGUGGAGUGGUGGUGUUGGGGUGCAGGCGCUGCGCACGUGCUCGCCGACAUCGCUGGGAGAGCUGAAGCUGUUCCUGCAGAGCUCAGACUGCGAGGGCUUUGGACUAGUGGCGGUGGACCUGACGCAAACGACUGCGGAGCAAGCAGAUGAGCUGGUGCCGCUGAUGGUGGACAGCGAACACCUUGAGGCCCUGUCCAUGGUGAGGACCGGCGUGAACGCCAACGUCAUGCAGAUGCUGGCCAAGGCAAUACGUGCGGGUGCCAGGUUGCAGGUGCUGGACUUGUCCCAUAACCCACUCGACGAGGACAGCGUGAGCCUGCUCGCAGACGGCGUCAAGGCAAGCACGCACCUGUGGCGGCUCAACCUCAUCAACUGCCAUCUCACGGACGCGGCCGUGACGCUCCUGACCGUUGCCAUGAACGACGCACCCAAGGCGCUCACCCACCUCAACUUCUUCCACAACAGCAUCACAGAGCGGGGCGCAGCCUUGCUCGCAGCCACGCUCACCGCGCGACGCAGCAUCGAGUUCCUGGACGUGGGCAUGAACCCGCUUGGCGACGCGGGGGUCGGCGCGCUGAGCAGGCUCUUGCACGCCUGCCCUUCUCUCGAGUCCCUCAGCAUAUCGGGCGUACAGGCGGGACUGCAGGGUGCGCAGCAGCUUGCGGGCAGCCUGGCAUCCUCCAGCAGUCUCAAGCACCUCAGCUUCAGCAAGAACUACGGGCUGGGUCCAGAGGGCGGGCAUGCAUUCGGUACGCGGCUACGCACGGCCACCAACCUCGAGUACCUGGACCUGAGCAUGUGCAGCCUUGGCGACCAGGGUGUGGCAGCUGUGCUUGACGGGCUCCGGGAUAGCACGAAGCUGAAGCGCCUUCUCCUGGCCCUGAACGACGCCACAACCAACCUUGAUGUCGCGCCAUUCAUCAUCACCCAUCCUGCGCUCGAGGUGCUUGAUCUCUCACACAACCGCUUCGACGAUGCAUGGUGUAUUGGGCUCGUCAAUAGCUUGCAGGCCUCUGCAUGCCACUUUGAGACUGCCCUCCGUGCCCUUCGUCUCACCAAGACGGGCGUCUCUCAGCAGUGCACGGACCAGUUGGAGAAGGUGUACGAGGGCCUGCCGUGUACUUCACACGCCAACAGUGACGAGCACUGCAGUGCAGACACGGACGAAUGUGAAGAAGCAGCGGACGAGGGCAGCAAAUACAAGCUUGUACAGACAGAGUUGGUGGCCUUGCUUGCGCAGUCACGGCUGGAAUCGUGUCUGGUUCCACUUGCAAAUGCCGGUGUCACCAGCAAGGAGCAGCUAAAAGCAAAUUGUUGUGGUCAACGCCGCGCGUGUGUGCAUCGGCUGGAGCUGCCACUGUCUUCCAAGGCAGAGACGCAACGAUGGGAGACAGUGAUGAACACGCUGUGCAGCGAGCUGGAAUGACUGUGGUUUCACAUGCGUUGGUUGUGCUUUGCUGGAUGCCCCAACUCUUUUGCUCGCAUGUAUGUAUGAGGAAAGGAGGAUGGAUGUUGUCGCGUGUGCCGCUGUGUCUGCACUGUACUCGAGAUGUUACAACAGGCGUAGACAAAGCAGGCAAGAAGGCCGCCAGGCAUAACAAGACCGACAACAGCACACAAUGAAACACCCAGGCAAGACCAAACAGAAUAAAACCACAAGACACAA